AUGACUGCCGAGGAUGAUUUCAAUAAAAAAUGGUUAAAUAAGUUUAAAUUGAUUUCAGGCAUUGGUUUAUCGGAAGAAGAAUACAAAAAUUGGGUGGAAGCUAAGGAUUUUGAGAGGUGCGAGAAGUACAAGUCAAGUCUUCUCAAGACUUCUCCUUUGGUAAUAUUCUUAGUUGAACAUUUACGAAGGAUUGGUGUUGAUUUUAAUCCAAGCGACGCAAUACAUUGCCGACCUUGUUCUGCAACACGCGGUGGUGGUUUCUCUCCCCAGAAUGGUAUUUUAUUGUGUAGUAAUAAAAUAUUCAGUUAUAAUCAAAUGCAAGACAUUUUGUCCCAUGAGUUGAUUCACAGCUGGGAUCAUCACCGCUUUAAAGUUGAUUGGAACAAUUUGAAACAUCACGCUUGUUCUGAAAUUAGAGCAGCAAAUCUAAGUGGUGAUUGUAAAUUUUUCAGAGAGUUCGCAAGAGGGAAUGUCGGCUUUAAUAAACACCAACAAGAAUGCGUACGAAGAAGAGCAAUUUUGUCAUUACAAGCAAAUUUUAACUGUAAAUCAGCAGAACAAGCAGAAAGUGUCGUUAAUCAGGUUUUCGAGAGCUGUUACAAUGAUACAAGGCCCUUCGAUGAAAUUUAUUAAUCGUCAAAAUCGCUCUCUCCUUCCUCCUGUCUAUCAUUAUUGUCAUUCGCACUAGAAAUUGC